CACGUUCACCACCGAACACAACAACGAACAAGAUGAUGAAGAUGAUGAAGAACACUGUGAGGAGUCUCUGCUGAUGACAGGAACAGACAGACGAGCUGGAAACAUGACAAAAGAAACAUGCAAAAGGUGACAAGCUGUAGCGAAUGCAUAUGACCACGAAAAGAGUUGAAAGACCUGAUAUAACGCUCAACAGGUGCCUUUGGUGUUGAGACGGAUGAAAUGAAGUCGGUGUCGGUGACGGAGGGAGACUCUGUCACUCUGCAGACCGAUGCUGAAAUAAAAAAAGAUGAUCUGAUUCUGUGGAGAUUCGGAGCCGAAGACUCUCCCUUGGCGGAAGUCAACAGAUCGGCCCAGAUCAUCUCAGCAUCUGAAAGCACCAAAGGAUUCGAAGAUAGGUUGCACUUGGACCCCCGGACUGGAUCUCUCACCGUCAGGAACAUCCGAACCGAUCACUCUGGGAUAUUUAAAGCACAGAUCAUCAGAAAUAAGAUGAUCAGGAAAGUGUUUAAUGUCAGUGUUUAUGCUCGUCUGUCUUAUCCUGUCAUCAGAAGAGACUGUUUCUCUUCAUCAUCUUCAUCAUCUUGUUCGUUGUUGUGUUCGGUGGUGAACGUGAGUCAUGUGACUCUCUCCUGGUACAAAGGAAACAGUUUAUUGUCCAGCAUCAGUGUGUCUGAUCUCAACAUCAGUCUCUCUUUACAUCUGGAGGUGGAAUAUCAGGAUAAAAACACUUACAGCUGUGUGAUCAACAACCCCAUCAGAAACCAGACCACACAUCUGAACAUCACUGAAGUCUGUCAGAUACAUUCAGAUUCAGAAUGUGUCUGCUGUUGUGACGCUACUAAAGCUGUGAUCCAAUUGGUCAUCUCUGCUUUGGUGGGCGUGGCUAUUGUUGUAGUUUUGGGUUUCGAAAUCACGUCCAGAAAAGCUGAACAGAAAAGACGAACUCCAGUUCUUCGCUGAUUACAACCAUCCCUUUUUGUACCCGUUUUUGCUCUUCUCUUUAUUUUCUUUUUGAAAAUGGUUGAAGGAAUAAAAGUGUUUUUAUGCGCAUUGAUUUUUCAAAUGAUUUGACAUGUUUUGAAUUAUACACCCAAAAAUA